GGCCCUGAUGAACACCUGCACACCAGAAGCUGCCCUGGGUGCCGGGGCCCACAGGAAACUGCACUGGGAUCCCUGUGUCCUGGGCAGGUCCUGUGGGAAGUGCAGCCCACGUGUUACUCAGGUGAAGGCAGCAUCCCCACCCAGCCUGAGGACUCCACACAGGGUGGACGCCCGACCCUGGCUGGGCCGCUCACUGGGGAGAGGCUUGGACGCCCCCUUGGAGUGCAGUCCCGACAUUCCGUACCUGCCUCAUGUCCUUGGCAUUCUCGGGCCCCGGUCGUGGUGUGGGAGUGGCUGCCUGUGCACACCACGGGCCUCCAGCUUCACGGCCUCAACGGGGCCACGAGCCAUCGCCGGGUCAGGCGGGGGUGCCGGGCACCUCAUCACUAGGGCAGUGACAUCACAAGGCGCAGAAGGCAGCGGUGGCUACGGAACUCCAUGCCCGGGCUGUUUCUGUGGUGCCUGCGGGCUCUGGGCUCCCACCUCCAUGGGGCUGCAGGAGCCGUGAGGGACGAGGAGGGACGCGCCCGCCAUGGCUGAGGGUGGCGAGCUGAUGAGCCGGCUUCUGAGCGAGAACGCAGACCUGAAGAAGCAGGUGCGCCUCCUGAAGGAGAAUCAGAUGCUGCGGCGGUUGCUCAGCCAGAGCUGCCAGGAGGGCAGUGGCCACGACCUGCUCCCACCCAGGGCGCCCGCCUACCCCGAGGCCGGCUCCCCCGGGAGUGGAGUUCCGGAUUUCGGAAGGUUCACGAGUGUUGCCGACACGCCCUCCCAGCUGCAGACAUCCUCCCUGGAGGACCUGCUGUGCUCACAUGCCCCCCUGUCCAGCGAGGACGACACCUCCCCGGGCUGCGCAGCCCCCUCCCAGUCACCCUUCAAGGCCUUCCUCAGUCCCCCGGAGCUGCACAGCCACCGAGGCACCGACAGGAAGCUGUCCCCGCUCCUGAGCCCCUUGCAAGACUCCCUGGUGGACAAGACCCUGCUGGAGCCCAGGGAGAUGGUCCGGCCUAAGAAGGUGUGCUUCUCGGAGAGCAGCCUGCCCACCGGGGACAGGACCAGGAGGAGCUACUACCUCAACGGUAUGGCCAGGUGCGGGGACGCCUGGGCGGGCCCCCAGUGCAGCUGGUAG